AUGAGCGGCAGCGGCAGCGGCAGCGGAGGCCGAACCUCGACGCUCAUGGACGAAGGCGGCGGCGGCGACGGGUACAGCCCCGCGGCGAUCGUGCUCACGCCCCCGUCUCCGAUGGGCGCGGACGGCGCCUCGCGAGCGCACAUCAUCGCGCUUCUUCAGCAGUCGCAGACGCGAUGGCUGAAGAACACGGAAGUCUGCGAUAUCCUUCUGAACCACAGGGCGUACGACUUCGUGCUGAGCCCGAACGCGCCGAUCCAGCCGUCGGCCGGAUCGCUGUUCCUGUUCGAUCGCAAAGUCGUGCGAUUCUUCCGCAAGGACGGGCACGAGUGGCAGAAGAAGAAAGACGGCAAGACCGUGCGGGAGACGCACGAGAAGCUGAAGAUGCUACUACGCCCAUCACGCGUCGGACGGGACGGCGUCGUGCUCGUGCACUACCUGAAAGUCACGCCCGGGAUGAAGACCGAGCGCGGCGGGCACGGCGGGGAUCUGUCGAAUUGGCCGGCGGGGGCGUAUCCGGGGCACGGAUUUCAGAAUUUAUUCGGCGGCGGCGACUCGGGCGGGACCACCGAUAGCGGGCUGUACGGCACCCUCAGCGGCACCUUCAGCGGCACCAUCAGCGGCGGCGGCACCUCAGGGGGAGCCUUCGGCUCCAGAGGCGGCUACUCGGACAUCGAGAUCGACGAGUCGGAUUUGAUGAUUCGAAGCGCGGGGUCUUCGCCGACGGUGUCUCAGAUGCGCGGCGCCGGCGGGUUCGGCGGACGCGUUGGACACGCGUACGCCUCGCAUCAAGGCGGGACGAGCGUGUACGCGUCUUCGCCCGCGGCGGCCGCCGCGCGCGCGGCGGCGCAGAUGCAGAUGCACGACGCGCGGCUCGGCAGACCCAUAACCAACGAUCCGCCGGCUAACGUCGACCGGUGGUGGAGCGGCCGAGGCGUCGGCACCGGCGACGACGACGAGUACGGCGUCAACGACCCGGAGCUCGAGGAGCUCCUGCGCGACAGCGACAUGGAGCUCGGCACCCCGCACGGCGGCGCGGGCGCUCCCGGCGGCGGUCAAGGACGACCGAACGAGCUGCACCAGUACCUCAUGAAUGAGAUCGGGUACGAAGGCGGAGGGAACGCGCCGCCGCCGCCGCCGCCGGGGAGCGACAACAUGCGACAGAAAUCGUGGGACUCCGGGCUGAGCCUGAGCGUGAGCGGUCUCACCGGGCUGCCGUCCGCGCCCGGGGAGGACAGCGUGCACAGCGGAACGAUCGCCGGCAGCCUUGGCGUCGGCGCGCCCGGCCACGGCCAAGCGCCGCCGCCGCACCCGCUCGCGGCGGCGGCGGCGGAGGCUGCCGCCGCCGCGGGGCCGGACAUCACGACGUCGUUCUUAUCCCCGACCCCAGCGCCUUCGUCGUCCGCGGACGACCUGUCCGGGCGCGGGGCCGACCGCUCGAGCGCGAUGCGCGGGGUGACGUCGUUGACGCAGAUCGAAGGAAAAAUCGCCGAUCUUCAGCAGACGUUGCUUCGCGUCGCGUCCAACGCGGUGCACACGAACGUCGAGCAGGUGGCGCGUCUGGAGGAGGACCUCAUCGCGCUCGAGCGCGGCGCGGAGGCGAUGAUGCCACGCGCGAUCGGGAGCGGGUCCGGAACCGGUGGCGGGAGCGGCGGCGGCGGGCCCGGGCGGGGAAGCAGGAAGCUGUUCGGGCGAGGAGGAGACGGCGCCGAGCACCACCGCCGCGGACGGUCGUUCGACGGCGGCGGCGGCGGCGGGCACAGAGCGGUCGCGCAGAGAAAACCGCCGCCGAUGCGAUGGGACGCGGACGACGACGGCGGCGAUAGCGGCGGCGCGGACGAAGAGGACGACGACGACGACGACGACGCGGAGAAAUCUGGGGACGACGGCGAGGACCCCCACGAGGGCUUGCUGUCGCCGUUGAAGAGCGCGGCGGCGGCGACGCGACGGCCCGGCGGCGCGGCGAACCGACGAAGCUACCCGCCCAGGCACGCGGCGCCGCCCGUGCCGAUCGCGUCCACGGCGCGCGGCGUGUCGCAGAGCGGCUCGGAGAUGGACGACGGCGCGACCGACGCGGACGACCGCGCGCCGUCCCCGGGGAUGGCGGCGGCGGCGAUGCGCGCGUCGUCGGCGCAAGCGGCGCAAUUCGCGCAGCGGUCCGCGCGCGCGCGCGCGCCGAUCGUCACCGUCCCGCCCACGUCGUCGAUCUUGUGGGAGAUUCACGACUUCUCUCCGGAGUGGGACGUCGAGAGCGGCGGCGCGAAGGUGAUCAUCUCCGGCGCCGCGCGCCCUGGGCUUCCGGAGGGGCUGCACCUGUGCUGCGUGUUCGGCGAGAUCGAAGUUCCCGCGGAGCAAAUCUCGCCGGGGGUGCUGCGAUGCCGCGCGCCGCCGCGCAGCGCGGGGCGCGUGCCCUUGUACAUCUCGUGCCUCGGCGGCGGGAAGCGCCCGGCGUCGGACAUCCGCACGUUCGAGUACAAGGAAACCUCCGGCGGCGGCGCGAAGGAUCGACGGACCGCGGAGGUGCGCCUCACGACGGGCGUCACCGAGCGGGAUUUCCAGCUGCGGCUCGUGCACUUGCUCAUCGGCGCGGACAGGAGCUCGGUGAGGGACCGAAGCAGCGCCGGCGGCGGCGGUGGCGGCGGCGGUGGCGGCGGCAGCGGCGGUGGCGGCGGUGGCGGCGGAUCCGGAUCUGGCGGCGGCAACGACAGCGCCGCCGGCGGCGGCGGCGGCAACGGCGGCAGCGGCGGCGGCAGCGGCAGCGGCGGCAGCAGCAACGACGGCGGCGGCGCGCCCGGCGCCUCGGCGAACAUCACGCCCGCGCCCGCGAACCCGAGCCCGAACCCGAACCCGGGCGCGUCGUUCGCGCGCAAAUCCGUCGCCGCGCUCGCGUCCCCCGGGACGUCCCUCGCGGACCCGCUGGCGUCGCUCUUCUCCGCCUCUCCGGGCGCCGCCGACGACCUCACCGACGAGGACGUCUCGCGCGUGUUUAAAACCGCGCUCGAGGCGCGCCUGCGCCACGCCAUCUCCGCGGAAGCGAAGCGUCACCGCGUCGUGACGACCGGCGUCGUCCCUAACCCCGGGUACGUGCUCCCUCGAAGCGCGUAUCACCGCAUAGACAGCGGCGGGAUGGGUUUAAUCCACUGCGUCGCCGCGCUCGGGAUGAGCUGGGCGAUUCCAGCGAUGGUUCGCACCGGCUGCGAGGUGAACCAACCGGACCGACGCGCGCGAACGGCGUUGCACUGGGCCGCCGCGAAAGGCCACGAAGACACCGUCGCGUGUUUGCUCGCGGAGGGUGCGAACAUCCGCGCGACCGCGCGGUGGGGCGCGGGCGGGUACACCGCCGCGGACCUCGCAGCCGCGCUCGGCCACGGCGGCAUCGCAGCGUACAUCUCUGAGGUGCGUUCUACACACUGGUUCCCAUACGACCCCGUCGCCGUGGUGAACGCCGAUCCUUAA